UGAUGGCGGAUGGAACUGCAGCUAGCACAGAGGGUGUGCCAGCAGAAGACCGGUCCCUUGACUCGUGCUCUGGUGAUGUGCCGUCAAACACUACAACGGACAUCCCAACCAUCGCUGUCUCUCCCUGUGACAACAUGGACAAGGAACCGGAUGGUUACAGGUUCGGUCCCAACUCAGACGACACUGAUGAAACCAUGAACCUGGUCAACAUGCCGUCAAUGUUUGUUCCAUGUUACCCCGGCAACAAGGUAAACGACCACGAGGAGGAGGAGGAAGAUACCAUGCAGAUCCUGGGGGAGGCGUCUGCAUUUGUGAGAGAGACAUUGGGUGACCCCGCACCCCCUUCAGAAGGAAUGGAAGCAUCCAGCACGGCAUCUGUGAGCUCAGCGGACCGUACCAAACCUGAGGCUGUGCAGGGUGGUCAGAAUGGAUUCUCCACCAGCGUAGGUAGGUACGUGGAUGGAGUCAUUGCUCAGGCAGUAACAAACGUCUUAGAAGAUCAGUUUAAGACGUCUGGGUAUUCCGUCGAAGACGAGGCCGCGUCUGAAGACGAGCUGACAGAAAGCUCCCCCUGUCGGAACCUGCAGGACAUUGCAGCGGAGCUCCAGGCAGACCUUUCCUACUCGUCUCCAUUGCCACAGGCAUCAGUGAUGACCGUCAGCAAGAUGGGCGAGUCACAGAGCUCCCCAGCAGGCAAGGUGCCACCUAGCACAGACACAGGAACUGCAGGAGGCUUCUCUACUGUAAAUGUUGAAGUUCCCCCUAGCCCAGUGGCCCAUGCUGCAGGUGACUCCACUCUUGAUGAUGAAGCUGUAGCUGCAGAAGCUCCGUCUAGUCCUGUGACCCAUACUGCAGGAAACUCCACCAUUAGUGAUGAAGAUGUGGGAGCAUUUGUUGAUGACAUCAUCACCAGUGCAGCAGAGCAGCUCCAGCCCACCCCUAGCUGCGCCCCCUGGAGGAACCUGCAUGGCAUUGCAGUCCAGCUGCAGGCAGACCUGUCCUUCUCGUCUCCUGUACAGCCACCCAGCAAAGCACGGGAAAACGCUCCAGACUCGGACUCCACACGGGGCAUGGAGGUCGCCACGAGAGAUGCUCACUCCGUCAUCGACCACGCCUUCCAGUUCCUGGACGAACAGGACCAACGGGUAACCGAGGAAACUGUAACCAUGGCAACAGCUGAUGGCCGGGAGCAGCCUGUAACCGCAGAAACAGCACCCAUGGCAACACCAAAGGACCAGGCUGUAUCCAUGGAAACAGUUACCAUGGAUACACAAAGCUCACCCCCGGCCACACCAGAGAAGUUAACAGACAGCGCUACAGCAAUGUCUCCUGUGGCGAUGGUCGUCAAGGAGACAGAGAUGACACCAAAACGUCACAUCAGUGUUGCCACGGCAACCACACCAGCCAGGCUUGUCACCAUGGCAGUGGGAACGUCUCCCGUGGCAACGGUAAGCAAGGAGACGGGAAUGACUCCCACUAAGUUCUGUGACGCAGCAGCAGGGACGACGCCCCCUCCAGCCUUGGUCACCGUGGCAACAGUAACCACCCCCAUCCAGCAGGUUACCAUGGAAACGGUGAUGACCCCUGUUAGGGUGAUGGAGGAGGGAACAGCCACCACUCCAGGCCUGGUGCCCCACAUGACCACAGGUACAGCCAUGACGCCAGGACAGGAGACCCUGCAGGAUGACAGCGAGACUGUGGAUUUCUCCACCCUGGAUGAAUCCGGUGUGCGUCGGCGUGCCCAGACACUCGCCAUCAGUAACGAGCUCCUACGGAACGACGUCCGCGCACUGAGGGAGGACCGUGCCAAGCUCAGCCAAUCAGUGAACACCCUCCAACAGAGGCUGGAGAACAGUAACGCUGACCUCAGAGCUGAUGUUGCCAGGCUGGCUGUGGAGAAGGGGGAGCAAGCAGCCCUGAUUGGUCAGCUGAAGAAGAAGAAUAGCCAAUUAGAGGAGGACCUGCUUCGGUCUUACCAGCAGCACAAGGCAGAGCUGAGCGGUGUGACCCAUGAGAGAGACAGGUACUGUCGGCAGCUGGAGAGGAGCCAGGUGGAGAUGAUGCAGCUGGAGGAAGACCUGCAGGUGUACAUCGACAUGUUCCAGGAGAUGGAGGAGACAAAAGACUUUAACAACGAUAACACCCAACUGAACAAGGAGUGUGCUGAGCAUCUCCAAGAGAUGGUCACCAAUGUGGAGAAGGAUCGGGAGAGUCUACUCCAGGAGAGGGGGGAACUGGACCGUCUGCGGGACGAUUGUGAUCGCCGCACAAAAGACUUAGCUGAACGGGAAGAGGCGAUGCUCGCCGAGAAUAAGAGAUUAAAGUUUAUUGCAGAAGAUGCUGAAAGGAAAGAAAGUCAGACCAAUGAGGACCUGUUUGCAACAAUGUCGCAGGUUUCCGACCUCAGUGCGGACGUCGCCCUUCUCACAGCCGCUGAACAGGAGGCGAGUACGAAGCUGCAGGAAGCUGUGUCACGCUGCGAGGCGCUGCAGAGGGAGACUGAGGAGAAAGGGGCUGAGCUGGUGGGUCUCCAGGCAACCCUGAGUCUCCAGGAAAUGGAGAACGUGACACUACAGGAGAGGUUGAGAGAGUCCGAGUCAAAGUUGUCCAAGUUGAACGAACAGCUAGAUGCUGAGUUUGAAAGGUUCGAAACGGAAAUGCAGACAACUUCCAACAACCUUCAGGCAGCCAAUCAGGAGCGAGAACAGCUGCGUCGCGACCUUGAGAACUGCCUGUCCAUCAUGGAGGAGAACGAGAGGGUUGCUAAGCAACAGAAACAGGAGCUGGAAGCUAAGGAUGAAAUCCAGGCUCAGCUCUACAGAUGCAGGGAACAGCUAGAGGCCAGCGAGGCUCAGUACCAUGAGCAGCUGGCGUUCCACGAGGCUGAGCGAGACACGCAGUCGGAGUCUCUACGGGAGACAGAGGAGGCGUUAUCACAGGAGACAGAGAGGGCACAGAAGUUCCAGAGGGAGUGUGAGGACAGACAGAAGGCACUGGUUACCCUCCAGGGGGACACCCAGGAACUCAAAGCAAAGCUAUCAGAAACCCUUCAGGAGCUGGAUAGCAUCAAGACCUCAGCUCAGCACAUGCUUCUGCAGCAAGGCCAGGAGAUGCAGGCCACCCGCGAGGAGCUGGGAGCCGUUCAGGGUCGCCUGGAGGGGCUGGCCAACAGCCUAAAGGACAGGAUUGGUGCCGGGAAAGAGGCGAAAGAGAUGCCAGCUGUUGCCAUGGCAACACCGGCUAAGGUUGCUCCCGGCAACGGCUCCUUGGUUACGCCGGCAAAGGCGGUGUCGCUGGUUUCCUCGAUCAUGUACGCGGUACGAGAGACGGUUAUGGGAACACCGUCACCGCGACCAGACAGGCACAACGCUGCGUCAUCAGAGGAACAGAACACCACACAGGAUGCAGUUGACCAAUUGGAGAGCUCCUCUGAAGAGGAAGCUGGGAAGGAGAAGGAGCCAGACCAAUCAGAGCAGAGCCUGGUGUCCCAGACUGAGGCUGUGAGUGCUCUUGUGACCAGGGUACUCGGGAUGAUGAAGAUGCUGGAGAAAGCCAGUGACCUUGCCCUGAGUGACCUUCAAACAGAAAAUAUGACCUUGAAACGUAAGCUGGGUCGGAUCCAUGAGGACCACGAUGGCGCCAUCCACGAUGUCACCUCUGACCUCAUGCAGUCAGAGCAGAGGGAGGAGAAGCUGCGUGUUGAGCUGAACUUGAAGCGUGAGGAGCUGACAGCGGUACAGCAGGCCCUGGAGUACAGCAAGGACAAACUCACCCAGCUGUCUGACAACAUGGGCAGUCUGAGCGAUGCACAGGCUACCUGCAAGAAGCAGACCGCAGAGCUGGAGAAGUUGCGUGUCAACCUGCGCUCCCGCGAGGAGGAAAAUCGGCUACUGAAGGAGGAGUUAGAGUCAGCGCUGGGUCAGAGGUCGCACCAUGGACACAGCAGCCGGGGGUCAGAUGUCACACUAGUCAAGGAGAGGAUUGCUCUAAAAGCAGAGGUGACUGAACUACGGCUGAAGCUGAUGGACAAAGAAGAGGAGAUGAACCAGGUCCUGGCCACAGCAAACAGAAGGAUGAAGGCUCAUGAGAACAACCAACAGAAGGCAGAGAACGAAGUCUGCCGACUGGACAACAUCAUAGAAGCCAUAAGAAAGACUCUCCACAAGCACAAUGACAUUGUGCAAACUUGUCACGAACUAGCUGAACUUCUGCAAGACUUAGACGGAGACAGCAACUCCGGGGAAGUUUUUGUAUAAUUGGGAACUUCGACCUAUUGCAUGUGUAGAUAUAUAUGUUUGUAUGUUAUGGUUAUUCGAGCGCAUUUUCCUGAUAUUCUGUCUGAAUUUUUUCCCUAUAACGUUAGAGUAAGAAAAACUAUUUUUCCAUGUUAUUUCGAUAAAUGUCUGGUACCAUUCAAAGUGUGAUAGGGUCUUGUUCAUGGUUGGAAGGGAACGGUUAAUGCUCAACAGUGUUUUGUUUAAAUAAUGUAAUUAAUUCACAGUUCAAUAAUGAAUGUAUAAUAUGUAAUGAAGACAAAACUGACAAAGGAAGAUUGAAAAUUCAAAAGUGAAAUCAGCAAAACAGUUAGUUAGUAAGUAAGUCUUAGAUGGGUCCUGUUGUAACAGACAGUUCUAAAUCUGAGUACCAAGCCUGUAUAACAAAGCAUUGUAUGUUUGACAACUGAUGAUGUUGUAUUUUUUGCAUGUUACCUCACCAAAAGCAUUCAUUGUUUUAUAAAACAUGGUCAUACGUGGUCAGUACUACCUGCAAAUGUCUACUUCUGUAGUUAAUAUUCCUCUUGAUAAUGCUAUGGAAUGAUCCCACUGUACUCUCACUUAAUUGUUGGUUCUUAAGAGGAUCCCAUCAUCUUGUUUUGGAAA